AUGAACCCCUGCCCGGUGUAUGAGAAAAGCUCCAAAACGAUCUUCCUCUUCUUCAUCUGCGUUAAGAAUGGGAUAUCAGAACAGCAGCAGAUUAUAACUGGUAAAAACGCUGCCAGGCUUUGCUGUGUCACCAGGAAAGAGGGAGAGCAGAGCUGGAGCUCCGUGAACGAUCUGACUGAGAUUGCGAUCGGAGCGGAGAUUGCCCAGUGGGCCACGUUUGCUGUGGGGCCCGGACACGGCAUCCAGCUGGCGAGUGGGAGGCUGGUGAUUCCGGCCUACAGGUACCCUGGGACCAACAGGAACCCACUUACUGCCCAGCCUCAUGCCUUCUACUUCUACAGCGACGACAAGGGUAAGAAUUGGAAGCUGAGUCAGAAAAUUGAAGAAGAAUCUGGGGAGUGCGAGAUGGCUGAGAUUGUGGACGACAAGGGCCAAACAUACCUGUACUGCAACGCCCGAAGCAAGUACAAAAAGUAUAGGCUGGAGGCUUGGGGGAAAAGCCAAGAGGUCAGCUUCACGGAGUCCCACUUGGUUCCAGAGCUGGUAGAGCCGUGGGCCGGGUGCCAGGGCAGCGUGGUGAGCCUUCCUGGGCCAGAAUCCCAUGCAGGCUCAGGCACCAAGUGCUGGCUGCUCUUCUCCCAUCCCACCAGUACCAAGGGCAGGCUGGACCUGGGCAUCUACCUGAACAAGAACCCCUUCCAGCAGUCGAGCUGGGAGCAGCCCUUGGUGCUGAACCCCGGGCCCAGCGGAUACUCUGACCUGGCGUUCUGUGCCAGUUACGGCUUCUUCGCCUGUCUGGUGGAGUGCGGUGAGAACAAAGAGAUUGAGCAGAUCGCUCUGCUGUGCUUUGACCUUCAUGAUGUGCUGAAGGCUGCUGGCGAGAGAGUCUAG